UCUAUCAGAACAUACCGAAAAACAAAUUAUUAAUACAAACAGCAAAAUGACUUCAAAUAUGGGUGGCUCUGUCAACACUAAUCCCCGAAAUGGAAGCAACGAUGUUGUUCUUAAUGUCACCCGAACAAUUGGUGAUGAGCAACGUAAUGCCGCAGUGGGAGCAUUUGUAGCAGCAAAUGACCAAAGAGGGCCCAAAAUGGGUACAGUAGGAGCUUUUGCCAAUGUUAAUAAUAAUGGCCAUGGCGCUUCUUUGGGUGUUAAUCAUACUCCCAAAUAUAAUAUGACAACUGUGGAGGCCACCGGCACGGCAAAUCUCUGGACAUCUCGUAAUCAAAACACAUCAUUAAAUGCUCAUGUUAAUGCUACUCAGCAUGUUAGUGGUCCUAUGACUGGUCACAAAAGUCAUGGUUAUGGUUUCAGUGUUAAUCAUAAAUUUUAGAAUUUAUAUUGUAUUAUCUUUUAGUAUUAAUCUCCUUUUCAGUGUUAUUGUUUAAUAUAUUAUAAAUAUAUGUAUAC